AGGCGGAGCGGCGCUGAGGCGGCUCCUUCCGGGGCGAGAGAGGCCGUCGGGAAGCUGAGCGAGGCGCCAUGGCGGUGCUCCUGGAAACCACGCUGGGAGACCUGGUCAUUGACUUGUACACGGAGGAGAGGCCGAGAGCUUGCCUGAAUUUUCUGAAGCUCUGCAAAAUCAAGUACUACAAUUACUGCCUUAUACAUAAUAUACAAAGAGAUUUUAUCAUACAAACUGGUGACCCCCAGGGGACUGGCCGUGGAGGUGAAUCAAUUUUUUGCAAAUUGUAUGGGGACCAAGCUAGAUUUUUUGAAACAGAAAAAGUGCCAAGAAUUAAACACAAGAAAAGGGGUACAGUGUCAAUGGUGAACAAUGGCAGUGAUCAGCAUGGAUCUCAGUUUCUUAUUACUACAGGAGACAACUUAGAUUACCUGAAUGGUGUACAUACAGUCUUCGGUGAAGUAACAGAAGGCAUGGAUGUGUUGAUGAAAAUUAAUGAAGCCUUCGUUGACAAGGAUUUUGUUCCAUAUCAAGACAUCAGGAUAAACCAUACAGUGAUCUUGGAUGAUCCAUUUGAUGACCCUCCUGGUUUGGCAAUACCAGAUCGUUCACCAGAGCCUACCAAGGAACAGUUGGAUAGUGGAAGAAUAGGAGCUGAUGAGGAGAUUGAUGACUUCAAAGGAAGGUCUGUUGAUGAAGUGGAAGAAAUUCUGGCAGAGAAAGAAGCAAAAACUAAGGCUAUUCUUUUGGAAAUGGUUGGAGACUUGCCGGAUGCAGAUAUCAAGCCUCCUGAAAAUGUCUUGUUUGUUUGCAAACUUAAUCCUGUGACAACAGAUGAAGACCUUGAAAUCAUAUUUUCACGAUUCGGGCCAAUUAAAAGUUGUGAAGUGAUUCGAGAUUGGAAGACAGGUGAAUCCCUCUGCUAUGCUUUCAUCGAGUUUGAAAAGGAAGAAGACUGUGAGAAAGCUUACUUUAAGAUGGAUAAUGUUUUAAUAGAUGACAGGCGGAUACAUGUGGAUUUUAGCCAGUCUGUUGCAAAGAUUAAAUGGAAAGGAAAAGGUGGGAAGUAUACUAAGGAUGAUUUCAAAGAAUAUGAAAAGGACCAUGACAAAACUCCUAAAUUAAGCUUGAAGGAGAAGGUGAAGCCAAAGCAAGACUCAAGAUAUGACCUUGUAUUGGAGGAGGAAGAGGAUGACGCCAAAACAAGUCACAGGCACUCUGAUAAAAAGAAGAAGAAACGCCACCAUUCAGAUGAUACCGAUGAGGAUGAGAAGAGGUCCAAAAAGUCUAAGCAGGACCUUGACCGAAGGCAGAAAGAAGAGAAAAGAAAAAACGAAAAGCGAGAGAGGCGGCGCAGCCGUAGCCGUAGCCAGUCUUGGGAUAGAGAUGACAGAUACCGAAAGUCAAAGGACAAAUACCACGAGGAAAAGGGGAAAGCCAGAAGCCCUAAGAAACCCAGAGAGAAGGAGAAGUCCAAGUACAGAUGAAUGAGGAUUAAGAAAAACAAACUCUUCCCCCAGUGCUUUUCUGCCAUUGAGACCUACAACCACUCCCCAAAGACCCUUCAGGCUUCCUUUUUGACUUUUGAUCCUGGGGCUCUAUAGGAUGACAUCCUAUAAUAUGGAAUUUAUUAGAAUUCUGACUGUAUUGUUGGGGGG